UGGGAGAAACCAGGCAGCCAGGGCUGGCUCUGCCCAGCCGCGCUCCUGCCUCCCUCCCUCUUCCCCCAUCCCUCCCUUCGCCUUAAAACCGUGGGCUCCGGCGCGCAGCCCCCCGCGCCGGCAGCAGCCCUGCCUGCCCGCAGCAUCGCCCGCUGCAGCCGCGGCGGAGGCAGCGCCGGGUCCCCGCGCCCAGGUCCUUGGCAAUCCUUGCUUCAGGAUGGAUCCUCUCUUCCCUGCCCACAUUUUGGAGGACCCUGACCUGAGAAAGCUGCUGAACGACUCCUCCAUGCUGAACCUGAGCUUCCUCCCCAGCAACUGGUUCAACAACGGCACGGGGGACAGCUUCCUGCCGCUGGGCAUCAAGAUCACCAUCGUGGUCGUCUACUCCAUCGUGUGCAUCGUGGGGCUGGUGGGCAACUGCUCCGUCAUGUAUGUGAUUGUCAGAUUCACCAAGAUGAAGACAGCAACCAACAUUUACAUCUUUAACCUUGCUCUGGCUGAUACCUUGUGCCUGAUGACCUUACCCUUCCAGGGUACAGACACAUUCCUGGGCUUCUGGCCCUUUGGCAAUGUCCUCUGCAAAAUUGCCAUCUCCAUAGACUACUACAACAUGUUCACAAGCACCUUCACCCUGACGAUGAUGAGUGUGGACCGCUACAUCGCCAUCUGCCACCCCAUCAAAGCGCUGGAUAUCCGCACUCCCCACAAGGCCAAAGUGGUGAACGUCUGCAUCUGGGCGCUGGCUUCUGUCUUUGGCAUCCCGGCAAUGGUGAUGGGAUCUGCAGAGAAUGAAAACAACGAAAUUGAUUGUCUAAUUAAACUCCCAUCACCCGUGGAUUACUGGGAUCCAGUGUUUGGCAUCUGUGUCUUUCUCUUCUCCUUUAUGAUCCCUGUGCUGAUCAUAACUAUCUGCUACAGCCUCAUGAUCAGGCGACUCAAGAAUGUCCGUGUCCUCUCAGGCUCUAAGGAGAAGGACCGAAACCUGAGGCGCAUCACCCGAAUGGUCCUGGUGGUGGUGGCUGUCUUCAUUAUCUGCUGGACUCCCAUCCAGAUUUUCGUGCUAGUCCAGUGCUUGGGUGCCAAGGCAGAAAGUGAGCUCGAGCUGGCCAUCUCCUGCUUCUGCACCGCGCUGGGGUAUGCCAACAGCAGCCUGAACCCAGUGCUCUACGCCUUCUUGGAUGAGAACUUCAAGGCAUGCUUCAAGAAGUUCUGCUUCCCCACCUCCUUCAGGACCGAGCUCCAGAUGUCCAACAGGAUGUGCAGCAUUGCCAAGGAUGUGGCUUAUGCCUGCAAGAACUCGGAGGGGACUAACAAUCCGGCCUGACUAGGCAUGGAAAUUCCCAUGGUGGCUGUCGCCCAGCAGAGUCCAACCACCCCCACGUCAGAGCUAACUCAGAUAACGGCUCUUUAGCAGGACCUCAAAACUGAGAGGCAAGAAACCAUGGAGGCAAUUUUGGGGGUUGGGAAAACCGGAUCCUGCAAGAGCAUGCAGAAAAAGUGAGCCAAUUUGACACAUUUCCAAUUCCGGUGCGCUCUGCACUGAAGAAUGUGUUUGACAUCAGCCCUUUGAUUCCUAAGAACCCCUGGUGGUUUGCAACUCUAUCAAGAAUUCAGGAAUUAAGGGGUUUAAACCAGGCAUUGCUCCUGGGCCUUACAUUAUUGCUGCUGGGAGACAGACAAAAUGCAAACUAUUCUUUUUCCUCCUUGAGCUGUUUAAGAUGCUAUCGGCUCAUAUGGCUCACCAGGCGCUCGUGUGUGGAUUUUAUUCCUGCGGCAUUGCUCUGAAAUUAGACUUUGCUGAAGCCAACGUGGGGAACAGCUGUCAGACAAAACCCUAGAUCAUCUCCAGGAUGAGUCAUCAUGCAGGGAAGGGAGUAGGGAGGGAGCAGAGGACAGGCUGGCAGAAGGGGAAAUUCAGACUGCCCAGAGCCAGGUGAGGUGCCUGGCUGAGAGCCUUGGCUCAGAGCCUGGGGACAAGUUCAACGCCGGUUCCUGCGACUGGAGGUCUGCAAUAAACCCUCCGCCUUGAGGGGCGAGCAGGGUGGUGAGAAGGGACUGUCAAAAGUGAUGAAUGUAGCCCAAAAGAGGCAAAGGAAAGACAUGAGAUGAACACAAAUCCUUGUUUACAUGCUGCUAAUGGUUUUCUUUUAACCCUGUAUUUUCAGUAUAAUAAUGGACAGUGUGUAUCUAUGUAGACACAUCUCUAUAUUGCUAUAGGUACAGAUGUAUCAUAGGAUUUCAUCUUGCCAAGCAUGCCUUGGAGAGCUUUCCUAAUGAGAGGAGAAGGGAACGAAGUGGCCUAAAUAUAUGUGUAUUUAUGUACAGGAGAAAGCUGUUUUAAAAGAGCUGGGAUGGCAGCUCCUCCGAAAGACAUGGACACUUCUGCUAGGAGGGGGCAGCCUAGGACAUUCCCACCAGCUCCAUGUGAGGAACAGUGUACAAAACAUACCAAAAGGGGGGAGUUUGUCUCUUUUUCCCUUUUCUUUCUUCAUUUUAAUGAAAUGAUCUACACGAAGUGGAGAGAGCGAGCCCCUUCUCCCUCAACAGCCUGGGAGAUGCUGCUGAGGAACCACACCUCCUGCCAGCUGUAGAUUGAUUUUCCCCCCCCUUUCCCAGUAGGACAGAAAUGCAUGUAAAAUGAAAUGCCCUGUCACUUCAUCUGGAAAUGGAAGAGUUGAACCUCUGAGCACUGUCUGCACAGGUGAGGAGGGUAGGCUCGUAUUCCCCCUGUCCUGCAACAGCCCCAGGAAAUUUUGGGAGUGGUGGUGAGUGGAGCUGACCAGAAAAUAAGGCUCUGAUCUCUAUUUGGAGAUGGAUGGUCAACUCCAGUGUGAGAAAAGGCAGCAGCAUCUGAACUGUACAGUCUUCAUGUGAAUAUAUUUCUUGUGCUCUGGUCUAUGAGAUUCUGUAUUUUUAAUGUAUUGAUUGCCAAUAUUUUAAUGCUGUCAUGUCCUUUACAUAUGCUAUAUGAAAGAAUCCAAUGUUAUAUUUCUAGGUAGAGAGUUUCCCUUAUGGUUGGGCUUAAAAUAUAGAUGCAAUUCUGAUGUCCCACAUAGAGGACCCAGAUUCCUUGUAAACUGCACAAGCUGGAAGAAUGUUCUUGCUGAUUAGCAUUUGAUGGGGAAUCUGGAGGGAUACCAGAGAAAACUUUACAAAUAUCACUUCUCUCGAAUAAUUGGGGGGUGAGGAGGGGGGGGGAAGAGGGGUGGAAAUCUGGGCACUUCAAGCACUUUGCAGUGGACAUUUACCCCCAAGUACUCCCUGGGAAAUCUCGUACAACUACCCAGGCUAAAACCCCAAGCGUGCCAAGAAGCAUUGCCUGCGGACCUCGCUGCUGGCAAGCUGCAUCUCUGCCCCUGGAAAAUUAGUUUGGGCUCUUAGGGAGCAAGAGAGAGUUUGGUAGCAGCUGGUUAAGGAGCAGCUGCCCUUUUUAGUUCUUGGGUUUUUAAAUAGACUUAUGUCCUCUUAAAAAAAUAUACUGGUAUUUGGCAAUUUUUAUAAUUUUGUUAUAAUGACUAUGCUGCAAGGAUCUUGCAUAAUCAAGUACUCGAUAAAUGUGUGUUUACUAAGCUUUUGGGUAAUUUCGUGGCCCUUGCGGUGAAUGUGUUUAGACAUUCUGUUCAAUGCUCAGUGGAGUUUGUUAUAAGAGCAAGAAACCUGAAAGCAAAAGCUUUAUUGUACUGUGCCUAUGGAAUUAAAGGCUUGUGAUCAGCUGGCUGGCUGGGAUGCAGGUGCUUUAAUUCUCUUCUGAAAUGGUUGUGUUCAUAUGAUUUUACAAUUACUGCAGUGUAAAUGACAAUUUCCUAGGUGGCUACUUGUGUGCUUUAAUAAAGGAAAAAUAAAACUCC